AUGCCAUCCUGCUCGAGUUGUCAAAAAGCCAAGCUUGAGUGCGCUUAUAAGGCACCACAACCACCACGGAAGCGGAAACGGAGGGAAAGUGAGGAUGUGCAACAGCGCUUAGCAAGAUACGAGCGCAUUCUACAACAGAAUGGUCUUCUUUCGACAACUGAGACACGAUCACCCUCUUACCGAGGAACUCCGGGGAGCGUCCAUGAGGAAGGCCGUCCCCGCACAGCUCAAAGCGAUGCAGAAAGGACUGGACGGUUAGUUUCCGAGGACGGAAAAUUACGGUACAUCGACAGCCGAGUGUGGCUUGAUGUGGCAGAAGUAAGUAUGCAAGAGUUGUCCGACAAUGGGGUAGACGACCAGGCUUCUCCGGUGGCCAUGGACUUGCCGAUAGAUGAUCCGCUUUCUGGGUCCCUGCUAGGGGUAUCAAACAGUCUCGCAGGCUAUCAUCCUCCCUAUCCAGACGCCAUGAAGCUUUGGAAAAUCUAUGUCCAAAAUGUUGAUCCUCUCUGCAAGGUCCUGCACAUACCCACAACCACAGAAUUGAUCGAAAUAGUGUCACAACAAUCGACUGGAGCCACGCAAGCUCAAGAGUGUCUUGUAUUUGCUGUCUACAAUUUCGCAGUAUAUUCACUCGCCGAUGAGGACUGUAUCCGUGAAUUUGAGAAACCAAGGGCUGCAUUGAUGUCAAAGUAUCAGUAUGCCACACGGCAAGGGUUCAUCAAUGCGUCUUGGCUGAAAACAACCGAUUUGCAAGUAUUACAGGCCUACGUACUUUUCCUAAUCGCGACGCGGACUCAAACCGAUCCACAUACGUUCUGGAUCUGGACUGGUGUUGCGGUCCGUAUCGCGCAGCGUAUGGGACUGCACCGUGACGGGGGGAGCCUAGAUCUAUCUCCAUUUGACAUGGAAAUGCGAAGACGCCUUUUCUGGCAGCUCAUCCCCCUUGAUGGCUACGCUGGCCAAGUGUCAGGCACUGGUAUUUCCAUCACACCGGGUGACUGGGAUACGAAGCGGCCACUCAACGUGAACGAUGAACAGAUACAUCCCGGGAUGAAGCAGCCGCCCAAUGCACAGACCGGUGCCUCUGAGAUGCUAUUCUGUCUUACGAAAGCAGAGCUCUCUGAAUUCUAUGCCCGCACAGCAGUAAAAAUGAACGCUGUCAGUCCCAAGGGCCAAGUGCGAGAUAACACAGAGAUCGAGAGGCUAAUAGACAACCUCGAAAGUGACAUAGAGAUGAAGUAUCUGAGGCACUGCGAUAUCAUAAAUCCAGUACAUAUCCUGACGCUUGGUAUCGUCAGAUCUGCCGCGAACAUGGUACGCCUGCGCAGUCGGAUGUCUUCCAUAACGAGUCAAAGUGUUAAGGGUGUGCAAAGAUGGGGGCUCUGCGUCCUCGCGGAGAAGAUCCUUGACACCGACUGCGCUUUAUAUGCUAAUUCAGACCUACUGAGGUUUCAGUGGCACAUCAAGACAUUCUUUGUCUGGGACGCUUUGAUAUGCCUUUUGAAUUGCCUAGCUACGGACGGCUUCUUUUCGAACACAGAGCUAGACCGAAAAUGGGAGAAGAUUAUUCUUGUCUACUCAAACCGCCCGGAGAUACUUAGGAGCAAGGGAACACUCCAUGCCGUAGUUCGCAAGAUGACACACAAGGCGUGGAUGUUGAAUCCACCAAGCAACUCCAUGGCUGAGCCGGCGUUCAUCAGCACGUUGCGAUCUCGACAUGAGACCGGGGACUAUGGAUGUGCAAAAACCCCGGACAAGAUGAUACAGCAUGACGAGCCCGCGGAAGAUGUGUCUUUUCUUGAUACCCUUCUUCAGAGCCCUGGGGGUACUGACUUGUACGUCGACGGUAGUUUUAACUAUGGGGCCGCCGAUUGGAUGUUCUGGGAUCCAGUAUAG